UUCGGGUUUAGCAAACGCCUAGACAAACUUAGUGUCAGUCGGUGUCCGAUAAUGUAUCGAGUUCAAUGCGUGAUUCUGAUCACGUUUUGUUGCUGCUAUUAUCGAGUGAAUUGUGACGUCGUGAGAAACGAGGAUAUUUGUGGACCUCACAAUGGUCGACGUUUGUAUCUCGAGCUCGGUGAAAAGGGCAUAUUGUUCGCGAAGAAUGUGUCUCUCGUCAAAAGCUCCCCGAGGCAACAUCAAGCAACGAGAAUUUACGUGACGAAUAGUUCGCACGAUCAAUGCAGCCUCGAACUCGUCACAUGUCCAUCGUGCGUCAUCACCUUGACCUUCAAAAGCCUUGCACUGUCGCAUCAUUGCAGCGACGGAGGGAUCAUGAUGGAUAGUCCUUGCAGGUGCGAUUACGUCUGGAUCUCGGAGCCACCGUACGAAGACGUUUCAGGGACUCCUUAUUGCGGUCUCUAUUCGCCAAUAACAUAUCGAUCGAGCACGAGAACUCUUUCGAUAGCUUUGCUCUACAGCCAAACACAUCGGCACGCUUUCACCCUCGAAUACACGGCCGAAAGAAAUCGAAUUCACCUGAAAGGCACCAGCGCAAUGCCGAGCGCUAAUGCGAUUAACAACACGGGCGGUGGCAUUUUAAUGUCGCCAUUUUUCCCGGCACGUUAUCCUCGGGAUUUGGGCAUGGAGUAUAUCGUCACGUGUCCGACCGAAGCACCGUCGUGCAGGGUUCGAGUUCUUUUUAGCGAUUUCCAACUCGCUACCGUCUCCAUUAUGGAGUUCUACGAUUGGAACGGUCAGCGUUUGGAUGUGAGCAGCGGUGCAAGAUUUCGUCCCCCCGUAAUCGUCAGUUCGGGGCCAUCGUUGCUGAUACGUUUUUACGCGAAUGGAGGCACAGGGCUCGGCUACAAGGCCUUUUAUUCUUUCGUCCUUGGCCACAUGUUCGACAAAACGGUCUCACCGAUCACCGAUUGCGGUGGUUACGUCGAAAACCUUGGUGGCGCGAUCACCAUGAUGGACAUGGUUGGCCAGGGGCUCAAGACUUACGACUGCGUCUGGCUCAUCAGACCCCCGAAGAAUUUUCUUCAUAUGAAGACUCACAUGUACCUGAAGGUCGUCACUUUUGCGGACAUGGCCGGAAAUACAGAAUUAACGAUAAAACAAGGCCCAACCUCGGCUCUCCUGCCUCUGGAAGUUUUGCGACAUCCGGCGAGUCAAUUGCAACCGCCUCGUCUCCGGGAGCACGUCGCGCCCGUCACAAGUGGCUUUCACGUCAGUCUGCGAGGAACGUUCGGACCGACCUCGAGGGUCGCCAUUGCUUAUGCGGCUUUCAGUUACAUGGAUUGCUUCACCGGCUCGGACUUCCUGUGCCAAAACCAUCGUUGCAUACCCAGCCAGUUGAAUUGCGACGGUUUUGAUCACUGUGGUGACAACAGUGACGAACCAUCAACUUGCUUCCGAGAUUGGGAGGUUGAGCCCCAGGAUCGAAAAUGGCACAUGAACAAGGCGAAUUAUUAUUUUCCAAAGAUCGAUCGGUACCCGGAUUUGAAAACGGCGACGCUCGUCUUCGUCGCGAGUAGUCUCGGGCUGAUUAUUCUCAUAUCAGCGCUGAUAAUACUGUUGUACAGAAUGGGGGCCAGGGCUAGGCAGCAGCGGGAGUUGCAAUCACGAUUGCAAACGAUAAGCGAACUUUUAGUUUUUGACAUUGCAGACGGUGCGAGGAUCGAUGAGAUUACCGUUUCGGACGACCCCCCGGUUUACGAAGCACCGCCGGGUUACGACGAAGUUGUCAAGGUUGGAAUGGACGGUAUUGAGGUCACCAGACGGAGGAAGAGACGCAAUUUAUUUCGCGAGCCCCGAAGCCGUAGUUCACCGAAUCAACGAUCUCGCGAGCUGGAAGGUCUGCAGACAUCAUUGGUCGAAGGUGUGAGCACGAGUAGAAGCAGCCAGACGACCCCGAUUUCGGAGGACGCGGCUCCAAGGGUGCCGGAGAGUCCACCGCCCCCGUACGUUACGCCGCCCGGAACUAUUCCCAGGAAUCUCGACAUAUCGAGCCUCCCGAGGCUCCUUGAUUCAGCGGAGGCAGCCGAAGAAGUAAGCCCGCGUGGUCAGAGGCUUCGAACCGCUUGGUUGCGUACCGGCUUAGAGCAUUCCCGUUCAUUGCCGGCCGUGGACAAGGCAGAAGCCCCGCCGUUCGGCGGCCCUUCGACGUCGGUGGAUGCGGAGGCUCUUGGUGCGUAUCUCCAGAACUACGCAUCAUCGAGACCCCCCAUAAUGGCCGCAACAUCAAUAAAUCCCUCCGCGGUUCCUCUUCGUUCGAUAAACGAAAAUCGUCAAUCGCCCAAUCGCUCAAUGUCCCUCGAAGUUAAGUCAUCAUCAUCAUCAUCAUCGGCAACAGCAACAUGUGCAAAUGAUAAUUCCUCACAGCCGAACGAUUGUCGAGUUGUUUCGACGCUCAUGAGGCGCGUCUAUGGAGAAAAUGCGUGCGUCAUUGGGAACGGCAAGGUCAGUCGAAUAAUCAACGUCCUCGAGGCCGAGGCAGAGAGUCAACGCCAAGGGGCAGGACUCGCGGGGUCGGCAAUCGUCGCCGUUGAUCGCCAGCGGGGUGACCACGAGGACGUGGAGAUCGGACCGAGGGAGAGUUGUGCUUGCGCGGGGGCUUGCGGGUGCGCUGUGAACGAAGGAAGCGCGGAUGGCGCUCGUGAGGACGCGGAAAACCAUCGGAAACGGCCCAAACGCCGGAAGAAACAUCGCUCCCAUGAUCAGCAGGGUCGUACGUCCAAUGACGGGAAUAACAAUAACAGCGAUUCGAACAACAACGCCGAUUUGGGUCAGGGCUUCGAUAUGGAAAUCAAGGCGACGGAGAACUUCGUAGAGGAUCGAAAAAAUGACGAGGGCGAGAUGAGCAUUCCGAAGAGCGCGAUCAUCCGACUCCUGGGAAGCUCUCGAUCUCAUUCUCGUAAUUCCCAAACUUGCAGUCUCAACUCGACCACUCAUUCGACCGCUUGCUCAACCCCCAACGGCACUUACGGACGUUCUUACUUCCGCGACAUCAGCAACCCGCGCAAAGUCUCGGUUUGCUCCAAGGACAGUCGAAUGACAGCGCUCUCCUUCGUGAGCUCGACCCACAGCAACGAACGACUUCACGAUGACUUUGAAAUCGUAUCGGAAAAGGCGAGUAUCUUGGGCGAUGAGAACUCCAGCACUUUGGCCAGCUCGCCCAUCGGCACACCCAAAUUCUGUGGAAUUCUACCUUCGAGUAAUAACGGACACAACGGCGAGCACCUCAACAGCCGCCGAAAACGAAGACCCCGAAGCCGCAACCGACGCGCUUCCAUUCGCUAUUCGAGCUGCGACAUUGACAGCCUUCACGAAAGCAUUCAGACUCUUGACACGUUCCUGGCAAGACGCGGCCUCAACGUCAACCAAACGGGCAGCCAGUCCGUUGCCGUUAUGCUCUUCGGCACACCAGAACACACGAGAACUCGCGUUGCUUCGACUCCCUCGUCGUUUUCCCCGUAUCCCCAGGAACCGAACGAAGCUACGGGCUUCAUCAACAGCAGCAAAAAUUGGCGAUCCAGCGAUGACGCUUUUUCCAAUUGAUUCAACUCGAUCAAUCUACCCGAUUGAUCAACUGUCUUUUUCGUCUUAAUAUUCGAAUUUAAAAUGUAAAAUAUGUAACUCUGUUUUAAUUAGCUAGUAAAGUAAUAACGCUGCUCGCGAGCGGAAUGAGAUCGUGAUUUUUUCUAUUCAGUUUAUCGUCGCAGCAGGUACUUUUUAUUUUACUACAUUCUCUUGAAGGAUUAAACUUUUCAAGAAACUCA